GUUGCUGUUCGUGGCGUCGUUCUUGCUCUGCCAGAACUCAGAAGGUGCACAGAGACGCUCAUGGAAUCUCGGCGGUCGCGCGGGCUCGCGAGGUUUUUCAGGCAGGUCCAUGCCCUCUUCCUCAAGAACCUCUCCUUCCAGAGGAGGAACGCGAGGACGAACACCGCCAUCGCCGCGUUCCCGGUGCUCCUCUGCGUGCUCCUCGUCUCCAUCCAGCGCGUGGGUUCAAACUCGCUGCCAGCACAUGUGCUGUUCGUUGAACCGGGUCUUGUUCCACAGGAGACCUUGUAUGUGCUCCAACCGCAGUGCCAGUUCGAUUCACGCAAUGUUUCAGAAAAUUUUGAUGGGAUACAACUGGAAUCUGGCUAUGACUUCCUAGAUACGAAUAAGAGGCGCCUCCAUGUAUAUGUUUGGUACAAUUCCAGCUUCAGCAGGGACAAUGGACACCAUUCAAUGACAGUUUUGCGUGUUGCACGGUUGGUUAAUAUGGCAUCCGCUGCAUAUUUGAACCAUUUUAGAGGACAAAAUGUGGAAAUGCGUCUCGAGUAUUUAAAGGAAAUGCCCAAAGCUGCUGUCCCGAUGAGGCUGGACCUCACUACCCUCCUAGAUGCACUAUUCUUCACCUGGACGGUUCAACUCCUACUUCCAGUAAUGUUAACAUAUCUUGUUUACGACAAGGAGCGGAGACUAAGACUGAUGAUGAAGAUGCAUGGGCUGAAGGAUGCGCCUUAUUGGUUGAUUUCUUAUGCCUAUUUCUUAUCACUUUCAACAGCUUACAUGAUGUUCUUCAUGAUCUCUGGGUCCGUUAUAGGGCUAGAUAUCUUCAGACUAAAUAGCUACAGCAUACAAUCUCUGUUCUACUUCAUAUGUAUCAACCUACAGAUCGUGCUUGCCUUUCUGCUGGCUUCGUUCUUCUCUUCUGUCAGGAUUGCUACUGUAAUUGGUUACAUAUAUGUCUUUGGAUCUAGCCUUCUUGGAGAAGCUCUGUUGAAGAUAUUCAUCGAGGAUGCUACCUUCCCAAGGAUGUGGCUUGUAGCAAUAGAGCUUAUUCCUGGGUUCUCCCUCUACCGAGGAAUAUACGAGCUUUCUGAGUAUGCUGCUGCAGGAAGAAAUAUGGGAAAGCCCGGGAUGAGAUGGGCAGACUUGAACGACCCCGUUAACGGGAUGAAAGAUGUUAUGAUUCUAAUGUCUAUUGAAGGGAUAAUCCUCCUCCUUGUGGCAUUUUUACUGGGCCAUAGACCUGCAUGGCAGCCUCUAUUUGUCUUCGGAUUUCUAUCAACAAAUCAUUCCUCACCUUCAGAGAAACCAAACAAAUUGAAGAGGGGAUCCAGGAGGGUCCAUGUUGAUAUGACAAAGCCUGAUGUGUUCCUAGAGCGCAAGGUGGUGAAACGAUUAUUAAAGGAUAUGGACAUGAGUAAUCUGAUCAUCUGCCAUAAUCUAAAGAAAGUGUACCCUGGAAAGAAUGGUAAUCCUGACAAGCAUGCUGUUAGAGGAUUGUCGCUAGCUUUGCGCAAAGGGCAGUGUUUCGGGAUGCUCGGUCCCAAUGGGGCAGGGAAGACAUCCUUCAUUAACAUGAUGAUUGGCCUAGUGAAACCGACUUACGGAACUGCUUACAUCCAUGGAAUGGAUUUGAGGACAGAUAUGAAGGAAAUAUAUGCAAAUAUUGGUGUAUGUCCACAGCAUGACUUACUUUGGGAGACUCUGACAGGAAGAGAGCAUCUGAUGUUCUAUGGCCGAAUGAAGAAUCUCACAGGUGCUGCUCUAACACAGGCAGUUGAACAAUCCUUGAAGAACGUAAAUUUGUUCCACAGUGGUUUCGGUGACAAAUCUGUAAGCAAGUACAGUGGUGGCAUGAAAAGAAGACUCAGCGUUGCCAUUGCGCUCAUCGGCAAUCCUAAAGUUGUUUACAUGGAUGAACCGAGUACUGGGCUCGACUCAAGGUCUAGGAAUGAUCUGUGGAGAAUCAUCAAGCAAGCAAAGAAGGAUUGCACCAUAUUUCUUACCACACAUUCCAUGGAGGAGGCUGAGGAAUUGUGUGACCGUAUCGGCAUCUUCAUCAAUGGAAACUUCCAUUGCAUUGGAACCCCCAAGGAGUUGAAGGCUAGGUAUGGAGGCACUCGGAUCCUGACGAUCACAACAUCACCGGAGCACGAGGAGGCGGUGGAGCAGCUAGUGAGCUGGCUCUCACCGAGGUACACAAGGAUCUACAGCGUGUUGGGCACGCAGAAGUUUGCGUUGCCUCAACAGGAGGUAGGGUUGGGCUGCGUUUUCGGUGCAGUAGAGGCGGCGAGACGUGCAUUCCCUGUGCUAGGGUGGGGUGUGGCAGAUGCAACGCUAGAGGAAGUGUUCGUCAGGGUGGCAAAGGAGGCCCGUGCGUUCGACGUGCUAUCAUAGUGAGUGAGUAGCCAGUUGGCUCUAUUGUAAGUUGUAGCUAGCUGCUAAUGUCAGCUCGGUAGCACCAGUUAGAGGUUUUCUUUCCUUAGGGUUAACAUUUGCAAAAUGUACAGAUUUUUUCAAUGGA